AUAUGAAGAACUACCGGAUGGUACACAGUAUUGUAGAUGUAAAACUGGUUUUAAUGGAGCAGGUUGUUCACAGCCGGACUCUUGCGGUUGUGGUGAUGGCGGAGUAUGCAACUGUGAUGGUGAAACCUGUGCGUGCAAAUGUCAUCCAAUUUUCGAAGGCCCAACGUGUAGUACACGAAAUACACUACCAGACUAUACUAAUGGUAAUGAACCGGGAUGGUGUACAAUAGUUGGCGAUCCUCAUUACAAUACACUCGAUGGGGCACAUUAUGAUUUUCAAGGCCAUUGUCUAUAUGUUGCUUCAAUGGAAGAUAUCCCUGAGGGUUUUGACAAACAUUUUAAAAUAUCAGUACGCAAUUGGAUACACGGAGGAGGAACCGGUCAGUGGAACUCAGUAUCAUGGGCCAAAUAUGCUGUAAUCAGAGUUUUGGACAAGGUCGACAUAUACAUUGGAGCAAUAUCAAGUAGUUCGGAGUAUGAUGUCCGAAAAAUCGAUAUAAAAAAACAAGAAAUGACCGAUAUUACAAAUCUGCCUCAAAAAGUAAAAAUUGGAAAUAUACAAAAUACGGAUACAGAAGUCACAGCCGACAUAUCGUUCGAUUCAAGGUACCGUAUCAUAACUGUUGUAAUUGAUCCCUUGGCGAUAAAAGUGCAGUUUAAAAAAAAUCAUGAAGCAAGGAUAUACUUAGGCGACUUUUGGAAAGAAAAAGUCAAAGGUAUGUGCGGAAACUACAAUGGUAUUGUUGAUGACGAUUACGUUACGAAAACAGGUGCAAGAGUGAAAAGCAGAGACAACAAAGGGACGCUGAUUGGCAAUAGCUGGAAGAAUACCGAUUCACUACCAUUAUAUGAUGACGACUCUGAUUCCUGCGAAGACAAUGAUAUCCCAGAUCUGCCAAAAUUGAGUAAAGUGGAUGGUGAAUUAUAUAGGAACGCACAAACACAUUGUAGAAGGCUAUGUACGGAUACAACAGAGUUCAGAUAUAGUUCGUGUGUAGCAGAUUAUAUCUUCUCUGAGGAAAAUCAAAGGUUACGGUGCGAGGUUUUAAUAAACACGCGUGAUACGACAAAAUGCAUUAACAGUACCGUUGUCCCAGAAGGAUGUGAAGAUUUUGUAUAACGAUGAGAAACACACAUCACACAUUUAAACUAAUACAUAGAAUAUUUCUAAUUUUAGUUAUGAUGAAUUUGACUUGUUAAAAUACAUAUCAAUACAUACUAAAUCA